UAAAGCGUACUUUCCAGUUCUUGUUACAGGGUCCCUUGCCAAAUUAAUCACAAUGUCUUCCCCCCAUAAGCAGUCCAAACUUACUUCACAUCAGUGCAGGAAACUCAACGAACCGCUCCUACCUCUACAUCUCGCCUUGGCCUGGAUAAUCAUUCGUGUUUUCCCCAUCGACAGCGAUCUACAGAGCUUGCCUGUAUAUUCUUUGCAGUUCACGCAAAAGGUACUCCACAUAGUGGGUCGUGAAAUACUAGAUGUUGGAAGCGAGCCAGCAACCUUCGGGUCUCUGAAGAUGGAACUCGACCGUCUCGUCAAGGCCGAGACCGUCCAAAUAAUUAGAAGAAAUGAGAAGAAGAGAUCGCGAGGCGUUCAUAUUGAACAUGAGUUUGAAGAUGCUGAAAAGAAUCGAAGCUGGCUUGGUGACAUGUGCGACAGAUUUGGCGACAUAGCAGAUGGAUGUAGUUUUAUUGAUGGUCUGGAUAAGGAGUUACGAGAAAGACUAAACUAUGGGGACGAUGAUGAACCGAUUGAAAUGCCUCCUCCAAUAGAACGACACUCACCCCUUGGUAUAUUCUGCCGAAAUCUCAUCAACAUAUUACGCAAACUUUCCUUCGAUGAGACUGCACAUCUUUCACGGGAGGUAUCUAAAUGGUGUGGAGUAGGGACUAGCGGGUCAUCGAAACCGGUAACUGCGUGGUCUCUUGAUCGUAAAUCUGGCAUGGAGGACAACCUGGACAAAAGAAUUCAAGCUAUGCAAGACUAUCAGGCUGCCAAGUCGUCAGCCGAUUACUCGGGAGCUUUAGCGUCGUUACGAGAGUUUUACGAUUACCAAUUCCCUUCCGUCAACAAAGGACAACACCAACAUGCUUUACUGAAUAUUGCCGUUUUCCAUUACUCAACAGGAGGUCUAGAGUCCGCACGAUCGGCCAUUAAUGAGGCCAUCCGCGUGGCAAGGACAGCUGGCGACAAAGCAUGUCUUCAGCACUGUACCAGCCUUUCCCAGCGUCUUGAGACUGAAGUCAACUCUCUGGCUUUUACGGCUACUGAAACGCUGAAAAUUCAUCAAACUCCCAUACCUUCCUCUCGCCUGCCCGAUGUUUCCACGCCGAUGGAUGAAUUAUGGGCAGUGAAAACUGCUCUCGACCUUGGUGAACCUGUUCACAUUGCAUUCCGGCGCAUCCAUGCUGCAUUGGGUAAGGAGUAUCAGACCGAAGCCUUGGAUGAUGAGGACGAGCGCCUGUCUCCUAAGCAGUGGGCUACUGGACAAGGUCUUGAGGAGGCUGCUUGGCAUGCCACUCAAGCUGGGCUAUGGAACCUCCUCGGGUCAAAUGCUUUGGCGAAUUUUCAUGAAGAAUUGGCUCUCAGUGAAGUAGAACCUUGGAGCGACGGAGGCUUGACAGUGAUCCUUGUUCAGGCACAGAGGAUUGCUGAAAAGGGAGAGUAUGAUCAGGCGCUCGCGGUAUUGCUGGACAUUGUAAACUUACAUGGAUUAACGAUAUCUCAGUACCAUACGUGGUCGAGGACUGUAUGGACAUUAUUAGAACGGCGAGCAACUUUGAACGGGAAUCCUGAUACCCUCUCUUAUCUUUCAUCUCUUCAGCCUCCUAAGCGCUAUUCCUCGAGAUUUGGACCCGGAGGCCCCUUACGAGAGUAUGGACAUCCGAAACCUAUCCCCCUGCCAAUGGACGGCUGCUAUGAGGAGGUCAGGAACGAUGGAAAAUUUUCCACCCAAAUAUCUCUGCUUCAGGAUCACGUUCGUUCUUCCCUUUCAAUGGCUACGGAACUUCGGCUUUCCUCAGCACCGUCUCACCUAGUUUUGCCGCAUGUCCUGUCUGCGGUCCAACUAUCUAGUGAGCUUGGCAUGUGGAGACUCUACAGAUUUGGAGUAGUAGUACUCGCAGAAGUUAUGCUUGGCAUGGAAGCUGUGCCUUUGAGCAAAAAAGCUAUCCAUGAAAUUGAGAGCGUAUGGUCGCAGCUUAUUGCAUCAGACGACUACGAGGCCCUGGCGAGAGGGGCACUUGUCAUAGCCAAAGGAUACAUUGAGCUUUCGCUGGAUAGUGGGUCCACUGCUGAACAUGAUUCGGCCAAUGAUCACCUUUUCCAAGCUUUCACGUACGCUAAACUUCUGGAAUCCCGCUCGCUUGUCAUGGAAAUAACCUCAUUGCUCGCCCUCCUGUCAGAAUUGCGCCUAUCCGGAGAAUUUGCCGAUAGUGCCUACAUCAGGGGUAGUAAAAAGAGUAGGGAUAGUAUGGUCGAUGCCUAUGAGGAAGCGCAGAAAGGGGUGGGUGAGGCAUUCUCCAAAGGGGACAUGAUUGUGAGAGAGGUGGCUGAAGUGGUCAAAUGGGUUGGCGUGAGAGUUGCUGAAGGAUGGAAGUGAAGACAUCAUAGCCACCAUCACCCUAUAUGGUGCCUCCUUGCUGGAGCGAAUUUGUUGAAUCCGGCCGUUACUAUUAAGCUAUCGGACCUAUAAUGUAAUGAUGAUACUAUUACUCAGCUCCAAUCUCGCUCAUGUGGCAAAUGGGCCAUAUUUCGUCGCUUACAGAUUACCUGUUCAUUGUAUGUAGUCGAUAAAGGUUAUUAUGAAGUGUCAAUGUCAAC